UUUUUGCAAUUUUCAGACCCCAGUGCGCCUCUUAAUUCCUUCUGGAGAAAAUUUUCCGCUACAAAUUUGAUGUGAAUCAUAUGCACCCACCGCAAGCAUCGAUCAGGCCGCCCUCCUCCAUGGAUCCAUGGCAGAGGAGUGAGUCGACGGUGCGGCUCCUAAGUUUGGGGAGGCGAAGCGUUCGUUGCGGGGCAAAAAAGGAGCCACCAUUUCAGCUUCCUCUCUCCCAAAAUUUUAGCUCCUUUUCUUCGCAUGGCUCCCUGCAACCUAACCACACGUCCGCUCCCCCACGAUUCUUGGGGCUUGCUCGGGAGCGAUCCGUGUGGAGCGAGUGGUUUGAGCGCUGGGCGAAGGAGGAGGAAGAGGGAAAGAAAGAAAAAGUUUGUUAUUUUAGCCAGCCUCUUUCUUUUUGGCACCUCAGAAAAGUGCGAGCAUUGUGACGAAUUGAUGGAAGGUUGAUGGCAACUCGUCUUAGGAUUUACUUAUUGCAAGUCGCUAAUAGUUGAGGAAUCGGUAAACAGAAGUUUUGACGAGAAACAAAAUUGAAUUCGGAAGGCAAUGUCUAGCUUCUUUGGUGUUCUUGUUUCCGAUCCGUGGCUGCAGAGCCAGUUCACCCAAGUGCAGCUCCGGACCCUGAAAACAAAAUUUGUGUCUGCGAAGAAACCGGAUGCCGAUCAUGUAACAAUAAAAGAUUUGCCGCCGGUGAUGGAGAAACUCAGGGGCAUCCAUGAGGUUCUAUCUGAAGAAGAGGUCAGCAAAUUUUUGAGCGAGACCUAUCCUGAUAUGAACCAAGCAAUAGAAUUUGAGCCGUUCCUUAAGGAGUACUUAAAUCUUCAAGCAAAGGGGACCAGCAAAACAGGAGGCAAAAAUAAACUGAAGGGAUCUGUGUCAUUUUUAAAAGCUUCCACCACUACUCUCUUACACGUCAUUAACGAGUCUGAAAAAACAUCCUAUGUCAAUCAUAUCAAUAAUUUUCUGGGAGAGGAUCCUUUCCUGAAGAACUUCUUGCCAUUGGAUCCAGCAUCGAACGAGUUAUUUAAUCUUGUUCGGGAUGGUGUGCUACUUUGCAAGUUGAUCAAUGUUGCUGUUCCGGGCACAAUAGAUGAGAGAGCAAUCAAUACAAAGAAGGAUCCUAAUCCAUGGGAGAGAAACGAGAACCAUACCCUUUGUCUCAACUCUGCAAAAGCCAUUGGCUGCACUGUAGUUAACAUUGGAACACAGGAUUUGAUUGAAGCUAGGCCUCAUCUAGUUCUUGGUCUGUUAUCCCAGAUCAUAAAGAUACAACUACUAGCUGAUCUGAAUCUAAAGAAAACACCUCAGCUGGCAGAGUUGGUGGCUGAUGAUAAUGGCAAGGACGUAGAGGAGCUGGUCACCUUAGCGCCAGACAAGAUGUUGCUCAAAUGGAUGAACUUCCAUCUCAAGAAAGCAGGGUACAAAAAAACUGUAACAAAUUUCUCUACUGAUGUGAAGGAUGGCGAAGCGUAUGCCUACCUUCUCAGCACCCUUGCUCCUGAACAUAGCUCAAAAACCAUGACAGAAACUACAGAUCCUAAGGAAAGGGCAAAAAAAGUACUUGAAACCGCAGAAAAGCUUCAGUGUACAAGAUAUGUAACACCUAAAGAUAUUGUUGAAGGUUCAGCAAAUCUCAACUUGGCAUUCGUUGCACAAAUAUUCCAGAACAGAAAUGGUCUAUCAACCAACAAUGUGGCUCCCGUUGAAGAUACUCCUGAUGAUGUGGAAGCAUCCAGGGAAGAGAGAGCAUUUCGCUUGUGGAUCAACAGCCUUGGAAUAUCAACUUAUGUGAACAAUUUGUUUGAGGAUGUUAGGACUGGAUGGAUCCUACUAGAGGUGCUUGACAAAAUUUCUCCCGACUCAGUUAACUGGAAGCAUGCAUCUAAACCACCAAUUAUUAUGCCAUUUAGAAAGGUGGAGAACUGCAACCAGGUUAUCAAAAUUGGGAAGGAGUUAAAAUUUUCUUUGGUAAAUGUAGCAGGAAAUGACAUUGUGCAAGGAAAUAAAAAACUGAUUCUAGCUUUCCUGUGGCAACUCAUGAGGACCAGUAUCCUACAAUUGCUGAAGAACUUGAGAUCCCACUCUAAAGAGAAAGAGAUCACUGAUGCUGACAUUCUCAUUUGGGCUAAUAAUAAGGUCAAGGAAUCAGGCAAAACUUCCCGUAUUGAAAGCUUAAAGGAUAAGAGCAUAUCAGAUGGGGUGUUCUUUCUCGAGCUUCUAAGCGCUGUACAGCGCAGGGUUGUUGACUGGAGCUUGGUGAAGAAGGGGGAGGAUGAGGAGGAGAAGAAGCUGAACGCGACGUACAUCAUCAGUGUUGCUAGGAAGCUAGGGUGCACAGUUUUCUUGUUGCCAGAAGACAUAAUGGAGGUGAAUCCAAAGAUGAUCCUCACCCUUACCGCAAGCAUCAUGUACUGGAGCCUGCAGAGGCAGGGGCCUUACCAAAGCCCUGGACAAUCGGAGUCUGCAGUGUCACGGGAUGCUCUUCCAGAAGAAGAGGAAGUAGAAGAGGAUGAAGAGGAAGAAGAUGAGGAGGAUUUCGAAGGAGGUAUCGAAGAUGGCGUCUCCAAUCUGACGACUUGACAAGAAUGUUACAGCUAACCAACCAAGUUUACAUGGUGAAGUUGCCGGUUUAUCAGGGGUUGUCUAAACUGCAGGGUGAAAGGAAAUCAAGUAGCAGCUGCAAAAAAGAAGUUUUGGUAUAUAGUUGAUUCAUUCUUUGCACGUCAAAGAGCAGCAAUUCAAGUUUACCUAGUAGGUAUAAUUGUGCGCGCGCAGCUAGAUAUUGUAAGGUAAUUACCAAAUGGGUAGUGUAUAAAAAAUGUGAGAAUAAACCAGAAUAUUUGCUGGACUGAUACCACAUCAAACAUCAUAUUUGGAGUACAGAACAGGAGGCUCACCACACUUGUUGGGCCUUGAGGUCUCGUGAGGUGGGCCGGGCCUUUUCGUUGUGUACGU